CUCCGCCCUCCGCACAUGCGCACAGCCCCUGCCGCCUCUUCGCCGCCGCCGCGAUGUCGUACCGCGGGGACGAUCCAGAUCGCGACGCGGAUCCGCCGUGGUCGGCGCGCAAGAUGGGGAAGUCGCUGCUGCUGCAGCUGUCGGUGCACGAGCGGGAGCUUGACCUCGUCUGCCUCGACCACAGCUACGCCAAACCCUGGAGCGCCCAUCCCGACGCCAGCGCUGCCCGCCCCGCGCGGAUGCUGUUUGUGCCGCCGCGCCGGCAGCCCGGGACCGGCCCCGAGGUGGAUGUCCCCAUCGACGUCGAGACGGUGACUCCCACACCCAUGCUGCUCUAUGACAACCAGAAGGCGCGCAGCGUGAUGAACGAGUGCGAGCGCCAUGUGAUGUUCGCUCGCACAGAUGCGGACGCCCCGCCGCCGCCGGAUGACUGGGAGGAACAUGUCAACAGGACGGGUUGGACAAUGGCCCAAAACAAGCUGUUUAACAAGAUUCACAAAGCACUUCAGUCGGACAGGCUGGCUCGUUUGGCUAACGAGGGGGCCUGCAAUGAGCCAGUCCUGAGGAGGAUAGCGGUGGACAAAUGUGCUCGGAGGGUCCGCCAAGCUCUGGCCAGCGUGAACUGGGACACCAAACUGAUCCAGUGGCUUCACACAACGUUAGUGGAAACCCUCAGUUUGCCAGUACUGGCUGCUUACUUGGAUGCUCUGCAGACGCUUAAAGGAAAGAUCCCCACGCUGAUUGACCGGAUGCUGCUCUCCUCUACUGCCAAGACGGGGGCAGCAGGUGCUGAGGCACUGUCUCUGCUGCUGAAGAGACCGUGGGACCCGGCAGUUGGCGUCCUGUCCCAUAAUAAACCAAGCAAAUUGCCUGGUUCCCCCCUUAUUCUGAUUGCUUCUUCUGGACCCUCCAAUUCCAUGUUCCCCGCUUCUCGACGACACCGGUUCUGGCAGUCGCAGCUUUCCUGCUUGGGAAAGGUGAUUCCCAUUGCCACCCACUUGCUGAACAAUGGCAGUGGGGUGGGAGUGUUGCAGUGUCUCGAACACAUGAUUGGGGCCGUGAGGAGCAAAGUGGCAGAGAUUCACAGUCACUUUUCCCACAAGCCAAUCAUCCUGAUUGGAUGGAACACCGGUGCCUUGGUGGCCUGUCAUGUUUCAGUGCUGGAGUACGUCACUGCAGUUGUGUGCCUUGGGUUCCCGCUUCUCUCUGUUGAUGGCCCCCGAGGGGACGUUGAUGACGCCCUCCUGGAGAUGAAGAGCCCUGUCCUCUUUGUCAUCGGUCAGAAUUCCCUGCAAUGCAACAUCGAAGCGAUGGAAGACUUCCGGGAGAAAAUACGAGCUGAUAACAGCAUGGUGGUGGUGGGAGGAGCAGAUGACAACCUCAGGAUAAGCAAAGCCAAAAAGAAGUUGGAAGGCCUGACCCAAAGUAUGGUGGACAGGUGUAUCCAGGAUGAAAUAGCUGACUUCUUGACUGGUGUUCUCACCCGAGCGGAGAGCCAUGCCGGCUCUGAUCCUCGUGACCUGGAUGCUGAGAAGAAGAGGAAGCCACGCGACUCAACCAGGAGGGAUCUGUCAUUUGACCUGCCGGAAAGAACCAGCAGGCCUGCUUCACCAGCAGCCAAAGUGCCUGCCUCGCCUUUGGGCUCGGAGGACUUUUCCAGCGUCUCCAGCAGCCCCACUUCAAGCCCCAAGACUAAGAUGGUUGCUGUGUCCUCCAUCCAGAAGCCUGGCCAGAUCAGCGCCACGCAGCUGCUGAAGAGGCAGAUGCAGAGGACGGACGCUGUCCUGACACACAAGCAGGCACAAGCUCAAUUUGCUGCUUUUCUGAAACAAAACAUGCUGGUGAGGAAAGCUCUUCCUCCUGGCACCUCUUCAUGUCUCUUUGUUCCAGUCUCCUCAGAGCACUCGGAAGGGGCUGACAGAGAUGAUGUGCGUAUGCAUUUGAAGAGGCAUCAGACUCCCAGCCCGAACAGUGCACCCAAAUCCUCCAAACGAGCCAAAAUCAAGGUGACCAUUGUCUCCCACGGAGAUGCUGCUGGCGUGGGGAACGGAGCGCCCCUCACCACCCAGGCAGAAAUUGUUGCUGGAAAGCCGGUCCCCAUGGCUGUCGGCCAGGCUGUGUCGGGCGCAAAGGAGCUCUCGGGGCUGCCUCACCACCCCCAAGUGAGUUCGGCAGCAGAAACCUCUUCCACAAGUCCUGCCCCGUCUGCCAUCAUCCCCAGCAGCACGGCGCCCAGCGCUUUCCACACCCUGCAGAGCAGGCUGGUGGCCAGCUUGUCCCACUGCCUGCAGGCCCAGCCAGCUUCUUUACUCUUAGGAGCAGCAUCGGCUAGCAGCCUGCUGCAAGGGCUGAGCUUCAGCCUGCAGGACAUUGGGACCCAAGGUCAUCAGCCCUUUCCGGCUAGCAUGUCCGCCGCGGGGCAGCCUAUGCAGACCUCAACUGUGAAGACGCCCACGGCUAUCCAGAACCUGAGUGCCAUCACCACAGGCACCGGCACAAUUGUCCGCACCAUCCCGGUUGCCACAUCAUUGUCUCUGGGAGCCUCGGCGAGCGGAAAGCCCACGGCCAUUCACCAGCUGCUGACGAACGGGGGCCUGGCGAAGCUGGCCAGCAGUCUCCCUGGCUUGGCCCAGAUCUCCAACCAGGCAUCAGGUGAGGGAGGAGGGCUUUGAAGGCCCCCAACGACCAUCACUGUGACACUGCGCGGUCAGCCCAGCCGCAUCACCACACUUAGCCAGGCCGCGAUGGGGACUGUCCAGCCCCAGCUCGAGGAACAGUCGAUGCAGACACAGGCACCUCAGGCUCCAGACGGUGCUGUUGGGAACCUGGCCGCCCCAGCUACCAGUGCCCCUGCUCCUGGCAAGCUGCUGUCUCAGAUGGAUCUCAGCAAAGCCCAGGCUGGUGCAGAGAUGCCUCCCGCCGACCGUGCCACACACCUGACCGCCGCUGCGGCAGCACCUGUAGUGACCACCACCAGCCCCAUGAAGAUGCUCUAUGUCAUGUCAGACGCCAAGCUGUCUGCGCUUACCAAAUCCAUGAUGGGAGAGGCUACCUCCGCCGCCCUCAAACUGACUGGUAUCCAGCCUUCCUCUUCUGCCAGCUCUCCCACUGGCACCAUCACCUUUGCCUCCUCCUCGCUGCCCGGCACCCCCAGCGCUCCCGGCAGCCUCCUGCACUCCAAGGUGGGACCUGUCCUGCAGGCCACAUCCAAAACUGUCAUCCUGUCCUCAACGCUGGCUGCAAUGAAGAGUGAGGGACCCCUGGGACACAUCAGUGACAAGGUUAGCCUGACCAAGAGAGCAGCAGCCCUUGGCCAUGCUCUGGGUGCCAUGGAGACCCUGGGGCGGGUUCCCUCCGUGGUGGACAAUGGGAGCACUAUCAUCCACGCCAGAGAGGCUCUGGCCAACAGACACUUGGUGCCACAGGGUGUGCUGCCAGGAGGGGCUGGCACCACGCUUAUAACGCUGGGCAGCAGCCUGGCCAACUCCUCCACCAUCGCCGUGGCGGGGCCCAUGCUCAAACAGAAGCCGUAGGGACCCCUGGACCCCUCGGCUACCACCGGCGCUUUGGGAUGAGCUCAGCUGCGAGAUGGGAGAGGGAGCAGCCCUGUGUAGGGUCAAGGGACUGGUUUGAGCUGGAACAAACUGGGAGAGGAGGAGCCCCAUGGGGAUGGGACUGGUUCAGACUAGAGCAAACUGGGACAGGAGCACAGUCAUGGGGAUGGACUGGUUCAGACUGGAGCAAACUGGGAGAGGUUCAGGCUGGACAUCAGGAAAAAAAAUUUUCAUGGAAAGGGUUCAUUGGGCACUGGCAGAGGCUGCCCAGGGAGGGGGUGGAGUCACCUUCCCUGAGGGUGUUUGGAGGACGAGUGGAUGGGGUGCUCAGGGACAUGGUUUAGUGGCAGAUAAGAAUGGCUGAACUCAAUGAUCCAAGAGGUCUUUUCCAACCUGGUGAUUCUAUGAAACUGGGAGAGAAGGAGCCCCAUGGGAAUGGGACUGGUUCAGACUGGAGCAAACUGGGAGAGGAGCAGCCCCAUGGGGACAGGGGACUGGUUCAGACUGGAGCUAACUGGGGAUGGUUUUUUGGUGGUGCUGUUUAAUAAAAGGUUUGUUUGUUCUUUGCUGGCUUUGUCGCACAUGUCCCUUCCAAAAGCAGCUUUGGUUAUGCCUCAGGUGCCUUGUCGAGGGCUGAUUUCUCUUGCUGUGAAGGUGUGGAGGGUGCAGCUGUGUGUGGGCAGAGCAGGAUUGGUGCUGUGGGUCCUGUGAGCGGCCUGGGCAGCCCCCAGGGCAGCAUGAUCCCCUCUGCCUUUGUUCCCUCCUCUGGGUGAGAGCGUCAGCUUCUCCUGCUAUUGGGAGUGUUUCUGCAUAGAAUCACGGAAUGGUUUGGGUUGGAAGGACCUCAAAGCCCAUCCAAUUCCACCCCCUGCCAUGGGCAGCGACACCUCCCACUGGAUCAGGGUUAUCCAAACCCCAUCCAACCUGGCCUUGAACCCUCCAGGAAUGGGGCAGUCACCACUGCUCUGGGCAACCUGGGCCAGGGCCUCACCACCCUCACAGCAAAACAUUUCUUCCUAAGAUCUCAUCUCAAUCUCCCCUCUUGCAGCUCAAAACCGUCCCCCUCAUCCUGUUCCUGCACUCCCUGAUCAAGAGCCCCUCCCCAGCUUUCCUGGAGCCCUUUUCUGUACUGGAAGCUGCUCUAAGGUCUCCUCAGAGCCUUCUCCUCUCCAGGCUGAGCAACCCCAACUCUCUCAUCCUGUCCUCCUACAGGAGGUGCUCCAGCCCUUGCAUCAUCUCCGUGGCCUCCUCUGGACUCUCCAACAGCUCCAUGUCCUCCCUGUGCUGAGGAGUCCAGAACUGGAUGCAGGGCUCUGCGUCAGAUCUCACCAGAGCAACUCCGAGCCUUGACUUAACCUUUACAGCAGUGUUUGCAUCAUCAGGCAGGGUCGUGCUGAGGGAAGUGGCGGAAGGGCUGACGUGAAGGUGCUGAGAUGGUGACGCUGGUUUGCCAGGAGUCAGGAUGAGUGUUCCCUCAGGGCUUUGGGGCUUUCACAGGACGGAGCUUAAGGCUUUGAUCUUUUUGGGGCUAUCAGGGCUGAUCCCAAGGCUCCGUCUCUCCUGUGCUGCAUCUCCUGAGCCCUUGGUCCUUGCUUUCCGCCAGGGACACACGGUAGGAUGCAAUAUUUGCUGGCUGAGAUGAUUUUGGGGAGCAUGAUGCUCAGCGGAGCGAGAUGCGUGGUGCUGGGGUGGCUCCGUGCUCCUGCUGAGGGCAGGAGUGUUUCCCAAAUCUCCUCUCACUUCCUAAUCCCAACGGCUCUUGAGAAGAUCCUGGCUUUGGCUCGGCAUGGCUUGUUAUGGGGAGCCUGAAAACAGGAAAGCAGGAAAGCCACCCUGUUCCCCUGUGGUGGCUGCAUUAGCUCAGUGUGAGAGGAGGGAGAUGCUGCAAAUCCCUUCCUGGGACCCACACGAGCUGCUCCGGAUGCUGUUUGGCUUCUUGGGCCCUCUCACAGCCUGGACUUCACACCACGACGAUGGUGAGGAGCUGUCUGGGAGAUGCUGUGCUUUGCCAGCAUCCUGAGCGGGCUUUUCUUCCCUUUCUUCCCAUUUCCCUGGGGUUUUGUGAGUAAAACUGGCAAGAUUUCCCUUCGCCAGCAAUCCGGGUUCAGCCCAGGCAGUGUAUCCUGCAGGGAAUGAUGAGGAUGUGAGAUGACCUGAGGUUGACUUGGCCCUUGGCGUGAGUUUGCUGCUGGGAUGCCACCAAACACAGUACCUUCUCCCCAUGCCGAGAGCGAUGGUAAAGCAGCUGGGAUGAAAUUAGGCUCAUGGAUGCAAGCAUGUCUGGCAAAAACAAGGUUCUGCUGCCGCCAUGCAGUGUUUUUCAACACCUCAGCUCCAUCUUCCAGGCUUGAAGUCCCAGAUUCUCUGCUGUGAUGAGGCUGAGGCACCCUUAGGAGGUGGCACCUCCAGUGCCCUCGCUGGACGUGGCUCUUUGUGGGAAGACCUGAGGUCCGUGGCCAGUCCUUGCUCACAGCCCGGGGGCAGUGAAGGUCUCUGGGUGCAGCCGGGGAGGUUUUCAGCGCACAUAAUGUCUUUCUGAUGUCCAUGCUGGAGGAUCCUGGAGUGGCUGGGUCCACGCGUUGGCUCUUCUCCAUGAGUCUAACGCUCAGAACAUCACAGAGGGACUGGGGCUGCCAUUCACCUUUUCCAAUUUCUAU